UUUAAAGGCCGAUGUUUGUAACGGACAUGAACUGGUAGAUAAAUAUAAGAGUCUGUUUCACACAACCCUAGAUCGAACCAGCUUGAUGAAAAACAAACUAAAGCUCAGCCUAUUCAAGGACUUAGCAAUACUAAUACUUUCACAUAGUCAACGUGUCUUGUCUCCCUCCUUCUCCAUUUUAUUUUCAGCUACUUCUGGCUAAACUACCAUCAAGAUGAGCCAAACAAACUCUAUAUCUUUACACGCUGAGGAAAGGGUGGACUACGAUGCCGACUAUGUGAGCAAGUUUGAGCUCCCUGCGCACAAGGGGGUCGAUGUCGCCAUCUAUGAUCUGCACUACAGUUUUGAGAGAAUUCGAUAUAUGAAUCCAGCAAACAAUACAUUCUACUAUAUGUGGAGAUUGAACACUCAAUAUGGAGAAACCUUCCACCAGGACAAAGAAGAUCUUUGGUUGUUCAAUAUCCACAUAGCGAAUUGUGAACAUGCAAUAUUCAGCAUUGGGCCCUACCAGUUUGAUAUGAACUCUAACUGGAAGUUUUUUACCCAGUUUAAACAACAUGAUAUGGACCUGAACUGGGACAAAUCUCCAGGGAACGGACCCCGCAAUCGCUACGUGGCCAUACGAGCCCCCAAAAUGGACAACCCAGCCAUUACGGUAAGUGCUCCUCAGGGGGAAUACUUAGCAGUGAAAUGGAUCGGCCUUUUCGUAAAAGCAAAUGCCGCAGAGAAACACGAAUUCGUCACGGUGAGAACGACAUGUCGAUUGAACGAGCCGUACGCGGAACGUCAUCGAUAUAAAGACUGGUGGAAGAAUGGUGGCGCAUGGGAACUGGGGGUCGAUGUUGUAGGGCGUUCCAUUACAGUGUUUCCUAAACAAUUGUUUGGAACUUCUGGUAUAGACCGUGAUCUUUACAAGAAGUUUGUUUCGGGGCUUGAAGAUGUUGAAAAAUUGUCGCAAGCGCACAUUGAAAUUGCAAAACAAAACGGCGACUCUUCCCUAAAACCAUACAUGUGGUUUAUGGACCGCGCGACGAUAAUCGCACCCACUGCAGACGGAAAAAUCAAUUACUUUACGGGAACGACAUACGAAGAGAGCUCUACUAGUGGGUUCUCUCUGUUUGAGAAAAUAUUCACCCCUUUUUUCAAGAUUGCAACAGCCUUGCUUUCGGGAAAUUUCGUAGGGGUUGUUGAGGAGGUCUUUUUGCAACUGAAUCAGGCUGCUAAGGACGACUUCAAAACAGAUGUCGACCUUUCCGGGUAUAUCACUGCAAUAUGCAAUGAGGUCAAGAAGCACAAGGGAGAUGAUCUUUCGGAUUUGAAUAGAAAAACUAUUCCACAGCUCAGAGGGCAGGCCAGCUGGUCAACGCAUGAUUUUGGUGCACACGUCUCGAAGGGCAGGGGCUUGGGUGAUAUUCCGCGUCAGAUCAGCUCAAUGUUUUCAAUCAGGCCCCAGUGGACGGCUAUUCUGGCUUUUUUGGCAUUUCUUGCAUCUAUGGUCAUAGUAAUGUAUCAGGGCUUGGUUGGAAGAGUCUGAUUGCGGGAGGGGAAGACGGCGGAAUGGAGUAGUCAGUUGAGAAUAUUUGUUCAGACUAGUGUAUUAGUUGCCUAGUUCAUUCCUGCUUUACCAUGUUUCUAACGCAUAGCCACUAUCAAGUAAGCUCAGGUCACCCUCUAUAGUCAAUAAAAAG